AUGGAUUACGGUGGCGGAGGAGGCAGGUCCGGCGACGACCAUCACGAUGCCUCCGACUCCCACCGGAGGAAGAAACGUUACCAUCGUCACACUGCUAAUCAGAUUCAAAGGCUUGAAGCAGUGUUCUCAGAGUGUCCUCAUCCAGAUGAGAAGACGAGAUUGCAGUUGAGCAGAGAGUUAGAUUUGGCUCCUCGUCAGAUUAAGUUUUGGUUUCAGAACAGGAGGACCCAAAUGAAGGCCCAACACGAACGAGCCGAUAACUGUGCACUUAGGAUGGAAAAUGAUAAGAUACGGUGUGAAAACAUAGCAAUCAGAGAGGCGCUGAAGAAUGUGAUAUGUCCGUCUUGUGGAGGCCCUCCCGUUGGAGAAGAUCCUUAUUUCGACGAGCAGAAAAUACGGAUGGAGAAUGCACAGUUGAAAGAAGAGCUUGAUAGAGUUUCUAGUAUUGCUGCCAAGUAUAUAGGCAGGCCCAUUUCACAAAUCUCACCAGUACAGUCUAUUCCUAUAUCCACAUUGGAUUUAUCGGUGGCAAGUUUCAGGGGUCAUAGGAUGACUGGUCCUUCUCUGGAUCUUGAUCUUCUUCCUGGAAGUUCAUCGACUAUUCCCAACUUUUCUUUCCCAACAUUGAGCAUUAGCGAAAUGGAUAAAUCCCUCAUGGCAGAUAUUGCUGGCAAUGCUAUGGAUGAAUUGAUAAGACUUUUGCAGACUAAUGAACCCCUGUGGAUGAAAUCAGCAACUGAUGGGAGGGAUGUUCUUAACAUCGAAAGUUAUGAGAGGAUAUUCCCAAGAGCCAACAAUCAUCUGAAAAAUCCCAAUCUUUGGAUUGAAGCAUCUCGAGAUUCAGGUGUGGUAAUAAUGAAUGGUUUGGCAUUGGUCGACAUGCUUAUGGACUCUAACAAAUGGGUGGAGCUAUUUCCCACAAUAGUCUCAAGGGCACGAACAAUUGAAGUAAUAUCAUCUAGAAUGUUGGGUAGCCAAAGUGGUACCCUGCAACUGAUGUAUGAAGAGCUCCAGGUGCUUUCACCUUUGGUAGCAACCAGACAAUUCUAUUUCCUUCGUUUUUCUCAGCAGAUUGAGCAAGGCUUUUGGGCAAUAGUUGAUGUUUCGUAUGACCUUCCCCAUGAUAACCAAUUUGCUUCACAAUGUCGAGCUCGCAGGAUGCCUUCUGGAUGUUUAAUCCAAGAAAUGCCCAAUGGUUACUCCAAGGUUACCUGGUUGGAACACUUGGAAAUUGAAGAUAAAGUCCCAAUCCAUAGGCUUUACAGAGAUCUUAUUCACAGUGGAUCGGCCUUUGGAGCUGAACGAUGGCUUGCUACUCUUCAAAGGAUGUGUGAAAGAUUGGCUGUGAUGGUGACUGGCAACUCAACUCGUGAUCUUGGAGGAGUAAUUCCAUCACCUGAAGGCAAGAGAAGCAUGAUUAAACUUGCUCAGAGGAUGGUAAACAACUUCUGUGCGAGCAUCAAUCCGUCUAAUGGCCACCAGUGGACCACGCUUUCUGGUUUAAAUGACUUUGAAGUCCGAACCACUCUUCACAGGAACACCGAUCCCGGCCAGCCCAGUGGUGUGAUUCUUAGUGCAGCCACUACAAUUUGGCUCCCAAUUCCUCCACAGAAUGUCUUCAAUUUCUUCAGGGAUGAAAGGACUCGCCCUCAGUGGGAUGUUCUUUCCAAUCACAACCCUGUCCAAGAAGUUGCCCACAUUGCAAAUGGUUCUAAUCCAGGAAAUUGUAUAUCUGUUCUCCGAGCUUUCAACACCAACCAAAAUAAUAUGUUAAUACUCCAAGAAAGCUGCACAGAUUCAUCUGGGUCACUUGUGGUGUACUGCCCAAUUGACCUACCAUUUAUCAACAUAGCCAUGAGUGGUGAGGAUCCCUCAUACAUACCACUUUUGCCAUCCGGGUUCACCAUCUCGCCUGAUGGCAGGCUAGAGGGAGACGGAGCUUCGACAAGUUCUAACACCACCGUUGGUGGUGGUAGGUCAGCAGGUUCACUUAUUACAGUAGUGUUUCAAAUACUAGUGAGCAGCUUACCAACUGCUAAAUUCAGCCCGGAAUCAGUUACUACUGUCAAUAACCUUAUCGGCAACACUCUCCAGCAAAUUAAAGCAGCCUUGAAUUGCUCUACAUCCUGAUCAUCUACCCAACUUUAAAUACACAGUACAUAUCAGGAAAAUUCAGAGGCUCCUUCGUGUUGGUGAAAUGGUAUUUAAUGGAGAACUGUUGUGUUAGUUGGAAACUUUGAAUGCUCCAUCAUCAAUUGCUGAUGCUGACUUAUUGCUGCCUUGUGCUGCUGUUUUCCUGCGAAAGCUCAUAAAUUUUACAACAACUGUGGGUAAUUUUUUUGGUUCAUUUGUUAUUUUUUGAGAGGGCCCUUUUGUUGUUUUUUUUUUUUAACCAUUUUAGUGGAAGGAGUCAAGAACGCACCAUACUAGUCUUUCUUGCUGUGGGUUUCUUUUUUCUAUUUCUUUUGUCUCUCUUUCCCACACUUUUCUUUCUAUUGCAUCUCUCCGUUGCCUUCCUCAAUCUCAGCACAGCAAGAACGAUGUAUGGUUCGGGCAUUGACUUCUGUUUAUGGACUUUCUUUUAUUAUAUGUACGGAAUUAUCCAAGUUAUGUGUAUUGCAUUGAA